AAGAGUACUACUAACUACCUAGUUUCCUCAGUCAAUUUUAUCAUUCCGCCCACUCUAUUUGUUCAACCAAAAAUCUUACUCUUAAAACUUGAGAUCCCAAAAUCAUACUCCUAUUUUACUACCAAAAACCCACCCAAAAAAAAGACGUGGGAAAAACAAGAAAAAAUGGAUAUGAAAGUUGUUGUAGGAACAACACCACCAAACCAUUUACCACCCUCAAUAGAUCACAUGAACCAAGCUAACAGCAACUGCUCAACACCAUAUAUGAGCGCUGCUUCUAGCCCUCAACGCCACCACCACUGCGGCCACCGCCCGCAACUCGAUUUCUUUUACUAUAGCGCACCCACUAGUCCACGCUCCUCCUCUUCUCAUUUCAAUAAUCAUCAUUCAUUCUUUGAUGAUGAUAAUGUGUAUGAUGAUUAUAGUGCUGACCAUGUUUCACUCCUAAAACAUGGGAAUUCAUCUGUUACUGUUCCUUUCAACUGGGAACUAGAACCUGGAGUUGCAAAGAACGAUCAUAGUGAAGUAAAGAAGGAUGAGGAGGAUGAAGAAAAGGAAGAUUUCGAGUUCGAGUUUAGUGGGCAGCUAGAUAUGAUGGUAAGACCUUCUUUAUCAUCUGCUGAUGAGUUAUUUGAUGGUGGUAAAAUUCGACCAUUGAAGUUACCAUCACCUCCUAAUUUACGUAUAAUUCAUGAUCAUAACAAUAAUAAGAUUAGUACUACUUCUGGGUGUACUUUUUCUCCUAAGUCUCCAAAAUCUGCCAUGUCAAAAUUUAAAGAUGCAUUGAGUAGCUCUCCUAAACAUAGGAGAAACGGGUCGGAUAUAGACCCGUUUGAGACAGCGAUUCGCAACACUAGGGAAACAAAUGACAUCAUCAUAAACAAUAGAAGUCAAGAAAGAGGUAGAGGAAGAGAAAGAGCAAAACCAAUAACACCUGCAAAUACAAAUAAUAAUAAUAAUAAGAGAGGGAGCAAUAAUAAAGGAAUGAGCAGAUCACUUUCUCCUUUAAGAGUGUCAGAAUUUGCUCUGCUUGAUCAUCAUCAUCAACAAUUACAAGAUAAUCAACAACAAAAUUCAAAUGAAACUAGCAAUUUAGCUAGGAUUUUGGGAAUGGGAUUUCCUUCUAGUUCAAAAAAAUGGAGGUUGAAAGAUUUGUUUCUAUUUAGAAGUGCUUCUGAAGGGCAUUACAAAGAUUCUCAAUCAUAUUCUAAAAGAUGGAGCUGCAGAUCAUCAACUGUGGGUUCUGUUUCUGGAUCGGAGUCGGGAUCGGUUUCGAAGCGAAGAGGGCAGCAGGCAUCAGCAUCAGCACAUGAAAUGCAUUACACUUCUAAUAGAGCUGUUUCUGAGGAGAUGAAGAAAAAGACUAAUCUUCCUUAUAAACAUGGUCUUUUGGCUUGCUUGGGUUUUAGUCCUGUACUUCCUCAAUUUUCUUACACUUUUCCUUCUUCUACUUCUACUCCUUUUUCUUGAUUUUUUUUUGUUUGAUUGAUUCUCUUUUUGGUUACAUUUGUUAUGUUUCUUGAAUUUGGUUGGAAGAUUUUAUAGUAUAUAUCACAAUAUUGUCUUAUGUUAUAUAUGGCGUGAAAUCAUCAUUAGAAGAUUGAUUGGUGCCAAAUUUAUAUAAAACUUACAAUUGUGAAAUA